AUGAAUUAGCCAUGGGAUAUGCUCUUCAGAGGGUCGGUGUUAAACCAAUGGGCCGACUGGCUUCCACACUGUAGGAAUGCUAUGAAAUCAAAACUUGGGCAGACUGGUCUUCUUUCCACUCAAGAUUGAGGAGUAACUUGAUUGAAAUCUGGAAGAUCCUGAAUGGUCUUGACAAGGUGGUUGUGGAAUGGAUGUUCCAUCUUGUGAAGAAAUAGGGGUCACUAUUUUAAAAUUAGGGGCCACCUUUUGAGACAGAUAAGGAGUAUUUUCUGUGAGGGUUAUGCAGCUUUGGAACUCCUUGCUUCAGAAGGUGGUAGAGGAGAAGUCAUUGAAUAUUUUUCUAACAUAAAAUGUUAAGUAGGGGAAUCAAAGGUUUUGUAGAUGGGAAUGUUGAAACACAAAUAGAUCAGCCAUGAUCUUAUUGAAUGGCGAUGCAGAUGCUAUGAAUCUAUUCAACAUACAUUUUAACAAUGUAUUCUCUAAAUUGGGCUUCAAUAGCAAGGCCACCAUGUGUUGCCAAUCCCUAGCUAUCUGUGGAGAAGAUGAUGUUUGACCUUCUUGAACUGCUACAGUCCAUAUGGUGAAAGUGCUUCCACAAUCUGCUAGGCCACUGGAAGGGGAGGAUUUGCAGUUGGGAAAUUGGAACCAAACAUCACAUUAAGAUUAUGGAGUCACUCAAUUCACCAGGACCUGAAUCUCAUCAGACUUUGAAUAUGGAAGUGAAAAGCACAGUUCAUAGUGAGGAGAAACCAUGGGACUGUGAUGUCUGUGGAAAGCGAUUUAGGUACCCAUCUCAGCUGGUAACUCACCACCGUACUCAUGCUGGAGAGAGACCGUUCACUUGCUUGGAGUGUGGCAAAGAAUUUUCUGAUUCUUCCAACCUGCUGCAACACCAACGAGCCCAUGCUGAUGAAAGACCUUUUAAAUGCCAAGACUGUGAAAAGUGUUUUAAAACUUUCAGGAGUCUGAAGUGCCAUCAACGUAUUCACACUGAUGAGAAACCGUUCAGGUGCUUUCACUGUGGGUUAGUAUUCAGGAAUUCAUCUAAUCUGAAUAGACAUCAACGCAGUCAUACGGGGGAGAUGCCAUUCACUUGCACCAAAUGUGGUAAGGGAUUCACUCAGUCAUCCAGACUGCUGACACACCAACGAGUUCACACAAGGGUGAAACAAUUGACCUGCCCUGAAUGUGGGAAGGAAUUCACUGAGUUCUCCAGCUUGCUGAGUCACCAACGAGUUCAUGCUGGGGAAAGACUAUUUAUUUGCUCCAAGUGUGGAAAGGAAUUCACUUACUCAUCCAGCUUCCUAACAGAUCAGCAAGUUCACAUUGGAGAGGGACCGUUUACAUGCCCUGAGUGUGGGAAAGUAUUCACUCUGUUAGCUACUCUCCUGACACAUCAACAUCAACACCCACCACCGUUAACCUGCUCUGAAUGCGAAAGAGAUUCACUCAGCUACCCCACGUGCUGAGGUACCUGUGAAUUUAUAAGUUACAACAGUGAUUGGAUUGUGCUAUAAAUCACAUUCAGGAAUGAACCAUGUUUAUUGAGGUCUUUUUCUGAUGUUAUUAAAUUCUAGCUCAGUUUUAUAUCAUAGAUAAAAGUCAAAUAAAUCCCCUUUGUGUUAAAUGCA